AUGAAAUUCUCGUACAAGUUCACAAACCUCUGUGGUACGGUUUUCAAGUGUGGAAACGUGUGUUACUCUACAGACGGGAAUGUUCUGUAUUCUCCUGUUGGGAAUCGCGUGUCUGUGUUUGACUUAGUGAACCACACAUCGUACACGCUGCCUAUGGAGACGCGUAUGGAUAUCUCCCGUAUUUGCGUUUCUAACAAUGGACGUUUUAUGAUUGCGGUGGACGUUGAGGGAAAAGCGGUAUUUGUCAAUCUGAAGAAGAGAGUCGUUCUCUAUCGCUUUGCCUUUGCAAAGCCUGUUACAGACAUUCAGUUUAGUCCCGACGAUAGUUUGAUCGCUGUUACAAUGGAGAGGAAGCUUCAAUUAUGGUGGACUCCUUCAGAAAAACGUCAUUUCGCUCCUCUUGAGUUCUACCUCGAGAUAGGCAGACAUUAUGACACUAUCAAGUCAGUACGAUGGAGCCAUGAUGGUGAAUAUCUGGUGACAGCUUCCGCAGAUAUGAAUGUCCGUAUUUUCUCUGUAGGUAAUAAAUACGGCUUCGUCCCUGUGCUUCUGACAGGGCACCGUGGUAGUAUUGUUGGUGCCUACUUCACCGAAGACGAUCGUAGCAUUGUUUCGGUUGCUGAAGAUGGCGCUAUUUUUGAAUGGGCAUGGAAACCGGUGAGUGACGAGGAGUGGGAAAAGCAAAUGAGAUAUCAAAAGUUUGUGAAACGUGGAAAGAAUUUCAAGGCAGGUAAAAAGGAUUCAAUGGAAGAAGAAAAGGAAGAGGAGAAGGAAGAAAAGAAGGAGGAGAAGGAGGAGAAGGAAGAAGAGAAGGAGGAGAAGGAAGAAGAGAAGGAGGAAGAAAAGGAAGAAGAAAAGGAGGAGAGUGAGAGUGAGAGUGAAGAAGAAGAAGAAGAAAAGGAGGAGAGUGAAUCAGAUAAGGAAGAAGAAGAAGAGGAGGAGGAGAAAGAAGAAAAGGAAGAGAGCAAGAAUGAAGAAGAAGAAGAACCCAAGGAAACCCCCGUUUCCGAAUCGGAAGACGAAUCCGAUUCCGACUUCCCCACCAGCAUCUACGCGCACGGCAAAUGGGCCAUCAAAGAUCGCCACUACCUCGGCGAAACCUACCCCACCACCAGCUGCGACUUCAAUUCUCGCACGCAUCUCCUCAUCGUCGGUCUCUCCAACGGAGUGUUCUCUCUCUACGAGAUGCCCAGCUUCAAUCUCAUCCACACGCUCUCCAUCUCCAACCGCAGCAUCUCCUCCUGCGCCAUCAAUCGCUCCGGUGACUGGCUCGCGUUCGGCUGCGCCACGCUCGGCCAAUUGCUCGUCUGGGAGUGGCAGUCCGAGACCUACGUGCUCAAGCAGCAAGGCCACUAUCACAACAUCGGCGCCUUGGAGUUCUCUCCGGACGGCGGCGUUGUGGUCACCGGCGGCGACGACGGCAAAAUCAAGCUCUGGAGCAUGACAUCAGGCUUCUGCUACGUGACGUUCUCCGAGCACACGGCCGCAGUGACCGAUCUCUGCUACGUCCGGGGCGGCCACGCGAUCGUCUCCGCCUCGCUCGACGGAACCGUGCGCGCGUUCGAUCUGGUACGGUACCGAAACUUCCGAACGCUCACCACCCCCGUCCCCGUGCAGUUCACCUGCGUCACCUGCGACGCGUCGGGUGAUCUCAUCGCGGCGGGCAGCAAAACCCCGUUCAACAUCUACAUCUGGUCGCUGCGCACCGGCAAGCUUUUGGAUACGCUGACCGGCCACGAGGGCCCGAUCUCCUGCCUCCGAUUCAACGGUCGCGGCACGCAGCUGGCGUCGGGAUCGUGGGACCACACCGUGCGGACGUGGGAUUUGUUGGGCAGCGGGCUGAAGGAGUCACUGAACCACCCCUCGGAGGUGGUGGCGCUGGACUGGCGUCGCGAUGCGGACGAGCUGAUCGUGUCGUGCAUGAACGGCAGCGUGUACAUCUGGGACGCGAAGGAAGCGCAAGUCAAGGGAACCAUCGACGGGCGUCGCGAUUUGGCGGGCGGACGCAGGAGCACGGACGAGUUCACGGCGAAGCACAACAUGCAGGGCAAGUACUUCCGGUCUGUCUGCUACUCGCCCGACGGAGACUUCCUGAUCGCCUCGGGCCACUCCAAGUACGUCUGCAUCUACGGCGUCCAGUCCAAAACGCUCAUUCGCAAGUACCCGCUCACGCAGAAUCGCUCUCUGGAGGGCGUCCUCGACAAGCUCAACAGCAAGAACAUGACCGAAAUCGGCGCCACCAGCGAGCUCCCCGACGAGACGCGCGAGCAAUACCUCGUCCCCGGCGUGCUGAAGGGCGACGGAGCCAAGCGAUCGCUCCGCGACGAGAUCUACUGCAACGCCGUGAAGUUCUCGCCCUCCGGAGACGCGUGGGCGGCCGCGUCGAGCCAGGGCCUGAUGGUGUACACGCUGGACCCGUCGCUGACGUUCGACCCGUUCGAUCUGAGCGAGGACGUCACGCCGGAGAGCAUUCGAUACGCGCUGGCGGGCGAGGAGUGGCCCAAGGCGCUCAUCUACGCGCUGCACCUCAACGAGGAGGCGUACAUCCGAACGGUCGUGCAGUCCGUGCCGUUCGACCAGAUUCAGGUGGUGUGUGGGGAGGUGCCGCGGUUAUUCUUAACGAGAUUGUUACAGGUGCUGUGCGUGCAGACGCAGGAGACGAUCUAUCUGGAGUACUACGUGACGUGGAUUUUGUGGCUGUUGCGGUCGCAUGGAGAGUAUAUGCGGAAGAAUCCGCGUCGAUAUGUGUCGGUGAUGAGAGCGGUGCAGAAAUGUCUGCUCGAGCAUUACAACAAUUGCAAGAACUCGGCGGAUAGCAAUAUGUACACGCUGCAGUAUCUGGGAGAAAUGUGUGGACAGAGAGGCAUGGAGCAGGAGUGAGGGGUCUUUUACAUUACAUUACAUUACAUUACAUUUGUUUUCGGAUCCGUUUCCGAUUACUUGUAAAGUUGCUUUUAUUGGU